UUGCAAGGCAAGAUGAUGAAGCUCUCGCAGUUCGUGUUGUGCAGGAAUGCUGUGUCUGAGAAACUAUUUUCAGGGAUAGUUUGUAAUGUCAAAGAUUGCACUUGGCUGCAGAAUCUUCCUUUUCGGGCUGGCAUUGUAAAUUCAAGUCAGGAAUUAGGGAAUUACUCGGGCAAGAUCUUUGCAGAUUAUACUGUUUUCAAGGGCAAAGCUGCCUUCUCUAUAAGUCCUGCACUUCCAACAUAUAAGAAAAUGGAUUCGGGAGGUUCCAGAAUUGAUCGGAUGGGUUCAAUGAUGAUGACUUUCUGGCCUGCUAUUGGUCAACGCAAAUAUGAUUGGCAAAAGAAGCAGGUAUUUGCUUUGUCGCCGACUGAGGUUGGAUCUGUGAUAAGCCUGCGCCCUAAUGAUUCCUGUGAAUUUUUCCAUGAUCCUUCCAUUAAAACAAGUCUUGCCGGUCAAGUGAGGAAGAGCUUAUCAGUUACACCAUUAGCAGAUGGUGGUGGCUAUUUCUUUACUUUGACCGUCGUCAAUUCCAACCUGAAAACUACUGACCGUCUUUCUGUUCCUGUUACAAGUGCCGAGUUUGCAGUGAUUCACAAUACUUUCAAUUUCAUCUUGCCUCAUUUAAUGGGCUGGAAUCAGUACUCCAGUGAGCCGACUAGCAGUCAGAAAAUAUCUGGAUACAACAGUCAACCAUCCUCUGGUUACACCAGACAUCUGCCAAGAAGGCCAGAGGAGACUCUUAACCUUGAUUCAGAAUGGGAUAAAUGAACUACAUAGCAAUGCAAGGUUUGUACUGGACUUCUUCCUGGCUGUUACCCUGCAGUGUGUGAACAUUUAUGGCCUCUGUACAGGCUCCAGAAGUUCCUUGUUUUGGACAGUGGUAGUUUUAGAG